GAUCUGUAAGACAGCCCAGGCGGGGGGCGGGGGGAGGGAUCAGAGUCCUGCAGCCACAGCACAUACGUGGAUGGGGUCCCCCGAACCCAGGCCCUGAGCUGGAAUGGGAAGGUGAUACUUGCUUCCGGGGCUACGGGAACCAUCGCUAGCAGCCGCAAGUGCCUCUGCCAGCCCUGGAAAGCAGGACUGCUCCGGGUUCAAGCGUCUACCUCCCAUAGCAACUUGGAGCCACGGCAGAAGAAGGCAUUGUCUGAAGGCUUGAUGCAGUCAGUGCACAGUGGACAUCUCUGCCUUGCUGGUCAGGCCCCUGGACCCCGAAAAUCUGCCAUAAUCAUCAGUCUGCCUCCUGAUAGCUGUUUCUCAAACAAGACAAUGCCCUGUGGGGCAAGGGUGGCUGCAACCUUCCGUGACAAAAUGGCAGGGGCAGGGCAAGAAGCCCUUGGGGCCUGAGCCACCAACACUUUAUCAGUCACAAACACACCCGCCUGCUGCCUGUUCUUCCACAAGGGGCCUCUGGAAUUGAAGUAUCAGUUUUGCAAGGAGGAAACAGAGAAGCUUCAGUACCAAGUGGCAGUUGUCUGGCCUGCAGGACGUCCGCCUGCCCUGUCACAAGGUUUCCUGUGCCAGGAGAUGCCACACAAAUGUUUUCUGGUCCCUCUAGCUCGGCCAGCCUUCAUCUGUCUGGCUCACUUGCCCCCUCCAUUGGCUGCCAUUCCGGCCACAGAGCACCCUCCACAGGCUCCAGAAAGGGCCGUGCAGGCAGCCAAGGCUGCUUCCCCUCCUGGGACCGUGGGAAGCCACUUGCUUGGCUGCCUCUGACCCAAGCGCUCCAGAGCACCGGGCCGGGAGGGACUAGGAUUUCCCUGAUUCACGGGCAGGAAGCACAGUUUUGGAAGGAGUCUGGUGGAGUGAGAUACACCAGGAAGGUAUCUACGGUAUCCGUGUACACACUGACACAAACAAUCAUCAGUACCCCUUCUAGGCUCCCCUGCCUUCCUCCCUCCAAACCUGGGAACGUACAAGGGGUAAGAGCAGCCAGCCUCAGCACCCCCGCUCCCAGGGCCAGAGCUGGGAACACUUACUCCCUACAGGGCGAUGGCCAAGGGACAUGCCGCAAGGUCACCUGACGACGGCCGGCUAUACUGGGCACCAGGCAUCAGGCACCCCCGGGCCUCGCUUUAAAUAGACCGCCGGGAAGAGUGCCUGGGACCUGCUGGAAUGUGCCUCCUCCCUCUUAGGAGCACAAGGCCCCUCCAGCUCCCACAGUCCCCAUGAAGGCUUCUUCUGCUAGAGCCCAAGCUGGAAAUGGCAAAACAUCAACUGAAAAACAAAGGGCGCUCCCCUCAGCCUUCGGGGCAGAACAUCAGUGUCCAGUGGCUCCAUUCCAGCCCACAGAUGGACGGAAUCAGUGGGCAGCCCUGGGUGAGACCCUAGGGCUGGUACAGCUUGCCAAUUCAGUUCACCAGAGGGGCCGUGGGCACAGGGGCAUGAUGCCGCCCGUCCACAGCCACACGGCCUGCCACCGUGCACACUCCCCCUGAAGCGGGGCCCGGGCCCCUGGGUAGGACUCUGCAGCAUUCUGAUUACACAACACCCGGAGGAUGGCCGACUCCAGAGCCGAAGCUACUGAUCCGCAAAGCCCACCUUCCCAGCAGAGCAGAGCAACCUCAGCUCCACCCACCUCCUCCCUGCUCUAGAGAUCACACCCUUCAGACCGGCGGGGUCUCCACACCACUUCUCGCUCACAUGCAGAAGCCUUCCUCCCAUAAGCCCUCCCCAGGUCUCUGGAUGUGGACGCGCAAGUGACAAAGUUCCCCUUGCCCGGCUGGCCUCUGCCUGCUUCCUCUUUCAAGGAGUCUCUGCUGGCUACUUUAGGCCAUGCAGGCACUGGGCCAAACAGGCAGAAAAAGCCAGACCAAGUGUAGACAGACAGAAGAGGAGCCCAGCUCCUGAGCCCUGUGCAGACUCUCUCUGGAGCCCUGGCUGGCACUGCUGUUCUCUCCUCCAGGAACGCAGAGGAAUAGGCUCCUGGCAACAGGGGAAGUGGAUGCGCAGGGAGGCUCCGGAAUGAGGGGGGACCUCCUUGUGCAAGCCGGCUUCAUUGGUCAAGGAAGGGGGGCGCUAUUCAGUGUGGCCGGAGAAGAGGGGCCCUGUGCUUGGAAAGGAGUUUGGUGAACCUGAGACAGACAGACAGGUGCCAUCCAUCCCUUUGGUGACAAGUCACAUGUGGUUCCCAAAAGGCAGGUGUGGCCCUGGCCUCGUGAGUGAUGUGCCUGAAUGAAAACAGUGCCCCGGACUCGUCAGUGUGGAAUGGGGCUCAUCGUGCAGGCCACACCCGCGUCCAAAGGGCUCUGGGGCCCUGGUCCCUGCACUAGGCCCACCGUGUGGAUGGUGUCUGCAGAAAGCUGCUAUGCGGGCUCACUUAACCCGGCCGGCCACAGAGCAGGCUGCCUGACGCAGGCCUCCGUAAGGAGACAGCAUGAGGAAGCGGGAGGAGCCCGGCUCGGCCCCGUCCUGCUGUGUGGCCUCGAGAGUCUCCCUCCUGGCUGUUCCCCAGAUGUAAAGGGAGGCAGGAAUGGACGACACGUGGGAUUCCAGGAUCUCUUGCCUCUUUGUACACCUUACACCGGGGGUCCUGAUCUCCUUUGCAGCAAGGUGCUGACCCUGGAGCGGGGCAGGAGACAAGCUAGGAGGCUCUGACAGGAAGCCCUCUCGAAUCCUCCCCGGAACCAUCACCUGCCUGCUGCCCCCAACAUCGCUUCAAACAGCUCUCAUCUCUAGCUCCCCGUCCCCUUCCUUUCCCUCACACACCACAGACGUCCUGGGGACCAGGGACACAGACGAAACUCCCCAGGUCUCUGACAGGGUCCGGGGUGCAGGUGCGACGGUCCCCAGGCUUCCUGCGGUGGCCAGGCCGCACCCAGAGGGAAAGCCCGCUCGCUGGGCACCAAUGUGCACCAGGAUGUGUGCUUCCUAAGCCGUGCUUCCAGGGGGUCGAUCCUCCCAACGGCCCCAAGAGAUGGCUAUCUCAUCUUACACAAAAUGAGGAAAAGAAACAGACUCAGAGAGACAAAGUGACACAUCCCUGUCAUGAAAGUGGAAAGGGGCAGGCAGCAUUCAAAUCCAGGAUGACCCAAUGUUCCACGGGGGGCAGGCGACCUUGAGGAGGAGGAGAUAUAGAAGGCACGUGCCAGCUGCCACCCAGGUCUGGAAGGACUGAGGCAGAAGGGGGCCGGAAACAUCCUAUGUGACCACAGACAGGACGCACGAGGUCAGGAGGAGGUCCCGCCUUCCAAUGAUCAGCGCUGCUCCAAGGAGGAACAGGGCAGGCUGCCAGCGCAGGCGGGAUUCCCCCCACAUCUCACCCAGAGGGGCUCACGCAAAGGCUGCACGCCAGGAGGAGUGAAGGGAGCCAGGUACAGGGUAGGGGGUCAAGCCGAUGACCUUCGAGGAGGUUCGAAGACAUAUAGCUUACUGUGGCAAUCAUGCCAGGAGUGAUCAGCUUCUAAGACUGCAGUCACCUCGGGAGAACCUGCCUGGCUGACACACAGGACAAGGCGGCAGUAAUUGGAUCCUGAUGUCUGGCACAAGCCCUCGGCCACUGUUACCCUCCCUUGGAUUAGAGCUGCCUUGGUGAACAAGUUCAGGCUGGGGUGGCACCAGGCUGUCCCUCCCUGGUCUGUCCCUGAAGAGGCACUUGCUCCCUCAUCCCACAGGGGUGUCAGCCAGGCAGGUUCUCCUGAUGUACAGCUGGCCCAACUCACAGACUCAGCCUGGACCUUCACCUUCAACCUGUCGGGCACUUUUGGACAGGAAGAGGCUCUCGGUCACGGACCUGGAAGGCUGAGUUGCUACAUACCUGGGGCGAGGGUGAGGGCAAAGGGGACUCUCCUGGUCAGGCCAGAGGAGCAGGUCUGAGCCACCAGAGGAGGGGCUGGUAGACCAGCCGUGGGAUGUGUGAUCCAGUCCGAGAGGCCCCCUUGGGGAAAACUGCAGGGACACGGCAUUAUCUCUGCCUCCUCGGAGAACACCGUCAGGUGGGUGGGGACUCCUGGCCCUGUCUCUGCUCAGUGAGGCCUGGCAGGAGCCCGGCAGGAGCCCGAUGCACCAUGGCAGCCGCCAGCUUCGUGCAGGAGAUGCGCUCCAUGGGCGAGAAGCUGCUGCUCAAGCUGCAGAAGCUGCCCCAGGCCGAGCCUGUGGAGAUCGCGGCCUUCUCCGUCAUCCUCCUCUUCACAGCCACUGUGCUGCUGCUGCUGCUGAUCGCCGGCUGCUGCUGCUGCUGCCCUGAGCGCAGAGGCAGGAAGGUCCAAGUGCGGCCCAUGAGCCCCCCGUGAGGGGCAGAGACGAGGAGGAGAAGCUGGAGAUAAGGCUGUCAAAGCCAUGGUCCCACGUGCCAGCCUGGCCUCAGCCCGGGCCCUGCCCAGGAACCCGACACCUGCAGCCUUAUCGAGGAAACAAGGACUUGGUACGGCCACCAAACUGUCACCUGCCAGUGACUACCGGGUGCCGAGGAGGAAUCAGCUGCUUAAAACCCGGGGAAACAAGAACUGGGGAUUCUUUCCCAACCUGCACUUUCUAACAAAACACACAAGUGGGGGCCCCACAGUGGGAAGAGGAACAGCCUGCAAUGGUGGGGAGCCGGCCCAGAGGGGCAGCCGAACGGAGGGGCUCUGUGCAACGGCUGCUGGACCCCAGGCUUCCCACCAGUGGGGAGCACGUCAGUAUUCUAGCCCAGUAUUUGCUCGUUUUGGUCUCAGUAAAAGCUUUCUGGCUAUGUGUCUCUGCGACACCAGA